UCCCGAUUACUGUAAAGCAAGAUGUGCACUGCACUCCAUGAGCCCAAAUAGAGUAUGCGCAUUGGGGAGGAGCAGGUUCCCUCUGUGGCCUUGCCCUUCAGCUACAAUGACUACGCCCACGGAUAUAACUUGUCGUAUACGUCGUAGGUGUACGAUUCCCCGUUCCAAUCUUCCUUCUGUCGUAUUUGAACGUAAUUGUUAGAAGCGGAGUCCGAUUAGUAGCGAUGUCUAUUAAGGUUGGAGACCAUCUUCCGGAUGUGCAGGUGUUUGAAGGGGACCCUGGAAACAAGAUUAGUGUGAGGGAUGUAUUCGGUGGGAAAAAGGGAAUUUUGUUUGGUGUCCCUGGGGCUUUCACUCCUGGCUGCUCCAAGACACAUCUUCCUGGGUACGUGGAUCAGGCUGCAGAACUGAAGUCCUGCGGAGUGGAAGUUGUAGCUUGUAUUGCAGUCAAUGAUGUCUUUGUGAUGUCUGAGUGGGGAAAAGCCCAUGGGACAGAGGGCAAGGUUCGGAUGCUGGCUGAUCCCACUGGAACAUUUGCCAAGGCUGCUGGGCUUCUCCUAGACAAGAAGGAACUGCUUGAUUUAUUUGGAAACCAGCGCUGCAAGAGGUUUUCUUUAGUGGUUGAAAAUGGGAAGGUGAAAUCUAUUAACAUAGAAGAUGAUGGCACAGGACUUGCAUGCAGUUUGGCAGGGAACAUCCUGUCGCAACUCUAAGCAUCACACAUUCUAAACAAUAAACCUGGUAGUAUGGCAAAUGUAUUAGGACUUAAUUUCAUCACAAUAAAUAAACCAUAAACCAA